AUGUUUGUCGGUUGUAUUCACACCGAAGACUUUACUAAUGCCGUAAGAAAAGAAGAACUCAAAAUACUACUGGCCAGCUCCUAUAUAGUUAUGCAGGAUUGUAGUCGUAAAGGUUGGGAAGAAUUUGAGGAAACUACUGAUAAUUGUCAUGAAGCCAAAAGUGAAUACAUCAAAUAUCGUAUUG